AUGCCUCGACCAAAAAUCCGCCCAGAAAACCGGGUCCGCGCGUAUAGAGCAUGCGAUGCAUGCAAAACAUCUAAAACGCGCUGCGACGCUAAAUCCCCCUGCGCCAAUUGUAUCAAAAAGAAUCGCUCCAGCGGAUGCACCUACCAUACCGCGUCCACGGGCCGAGGAGGUCGACGCAGAUUGAAGUCCCGGUCGCUUUUGUCUCCUGUCGCGGAUACUAACUCCCACGAGCAAGUUCCACAUGCAGUCCCCCAACCGGAGGAUCUAAAUUCGAUCCCUUACACGGCUGCCGGGGUGCUCCCGUCGGUCUCCGGUGGAUCAUCGCUGUCGGGAAACACACCCUUGUCGAUGCCAACGGCUGAUGAUGUCCCUGUGGGGCAGAUCCCUGUUGGUGAAGAAUCUCCACAAGAGCACUUUGUAACUGGAUCAAAUGGCGAAAAGUUUUAUAUUGGAGAGAACACCUCGCUAUCGUUUUUGGAUUAUCUUCGACAUAGUCUAAGACCAUGGGUGGGUGCAACGUCAUUCACCGAAAGCGAGCGCGGAAACGGUUUACUUGAACCGGAAAUUGAUGAGGUCGCCGGAGAAGAAGUUCAUCUAGAUUUGGCAGAGAAGCGCGAGCUGUUCCAAUCUUAUUGCGAGGUGUCAAGUGGCAUUUUGCAUCUUUUUGAUGAUGCGGAAGUCGAGUCGCUUCUCACGGCAGACACCGGAAAUGAUUCCCCGCCACACAAUAGUGAGGACAUUGCGGCCAUGGACGCAGCUUUGGCUAUUGGUGCACAAGCUAGGGCAUCUGCACCCCGUGAUUCAUACAACGCUAUGACACUGUUCACGAGAGCGCGAUGUGUUGCUUUCCAAGACAUGCUUGCUAAUCCCAGUCUCGCCAUUGUUCGAUUAUGUCUCCUGUUAUCAUUUUAUACACUCGGUGCAUCCCGCCAGAGCGCUGGGUCUAUAUACCUCGGGAUUGCCUCCAAAGCAGCGGUCGUCCUCGGUCUCCACCAACCCAUGAGCUGGAAGUCCCUCAAACUAAAAAGUGGUUAUGGUGUAAGGCUACGCAUAUGGCAUAGUCUAUGCAUAUUAGAGGUCCUGACAAGCUCACUUCUUGGUCGACCCUGCACUGUUCCGAGGGCGACCCGCCAUAACGUUCAAUCACUACCAUUUGACGCUGAACAGCCAGCAUUCAAUGCGGUGCUGAAAGGGGUAGUAUUGCUAGAUGAUAUAUGUUGUCAACUCAAUAGAGGUGUGAUGAACGAUAUUGUCACUGCUCAAAACCUCCUUCAAAGGCUUCGGACAUGGAGCCGGGAUCUACCACCAUCGCUCCGGCGGUUCUCCUACACAAAUGGGGUAUCAAUGGCUUAUUCUGAUCGCAAGAAAGCCUUUGGUAGUAUUCAUGUGUCUAGCCUCUAUUAUUUUGCUGUCAUACUUGUCACUCGACCCUUCCUGAUUGAGACUUUUAUGACACGAAUGCGCCAGCAGUCAGGUUUAACAUCACAAGGGCCAGUUGAUCCUCAGAGAGCAUCCCUGGCGCAAGUCUGUAUGAUAUCAGCCAUGCAUAUGGGACAUUUAUGUCGACAAGUAGCCUCCGUUAUGACGGCUUCAGACCUGCCAUUUGGGAACCUAGGAUUAUUCAAAUCCUGGGCCUUUGGAAGUGGGCUAGUUCUAGGAUUUUCAAUAUUCGCCGGAGAAUCGCAGGACGACUUACGAGGCGCAUUCUCUGGAGUUGUUAAUCUUCUCGAAACAGCCGGCGUUAUCAGCCCUCAAUCCAGGGUCUAUAGCAAGACACUCUACGAGCUAGAGGAAACCAUCAAUCUUUAUCAGCGCUUGGCUUCUCGCAAAGCUCGUUCUGUAGCAGACCAGUAUGUUGAUGAAAUUUUGGUUAUUGACACAGGACAGGAUAUGUCAAUGUCCUCAAUCCAAGGCUCUGGGCCGCAAUGUUUCUCACCACGAAAAGGCGCUGACUUUGACACUACCACGGAGAUGGGAAAUCAUAUGGUUCAAACAGAGAUGGAUGCCGAUUUAUUCAUCCAUGGGGGAUGGGAAGAUCUUGGGUACCAAUUCUCCGACAACUUUGCGCUGGAUUUUGGGGUGGCUCUUCUAUAA